CGGCUCAGUGAUUCGCUCCGCCGGCUGUUGCCUAGGGGACGAGCCGCCUGCGGCGCGCAGCCAAGGGCGGUUGGGAUGAGGCCGGGGCGUUUGCACGGGCGGCCGGGAGAUCCGCAGAUGCUUUUAAGGAUGGCAGCACUAUUCCCUUCACUGCCACAUUAUUUCUGGACGAAGUGGAUGUAGUGCUAGGAAACGGGACCGAUGACUUCAGCAACUGCUAUGGCAGCUCACUCACUCGCUCACAUAACAGCAACGUUCUAGAUGCCCAUGCUGGAAAGGAGAAUAUUGUAAUAUUUGAGGAUCGUCUAACCUCUCCUUGCAAAAUGAAUCGUUAUACAACUAUGAAACAACUUGGAGACGGGACAUACGGGAGUGUUUUGAUGGGAAAGAGCAACGAAACAGGGGAGCUUGUAGCCAUCAAAAGAAUGAAAAAGAAAUUCUACUCUUGGGAUGAAUGUAUGAAGUUGAGAGAAGUCAAGUCACUGAAGAAACUGAAUCAUGCCAAUGUGAUAAAGCUGAAAGAAGUUAUCAGAGAAAAUGAUCAUCUGUAUUUUGUGUUUGAGUAUAUGAAAGAAAACCUGUAUCAGUUAAUGAAGGACAGGAAUAAGUUGUUUCCAGAAUCCGUCAUCAGAAACAUUAUGUAUCAGAUAUUGCAAGGGCUAGCUUUUAUCCAUAAACAUGGUUUUUUUCACCGGGAUAUGAAACCUGAAAACCUUCUCUGUAUGGGUCCAGAACUUGUUAAAAUAGCUGAUUUUGGAUUGGCUAGAGAGUUAAGAUCUCAGCCGCCAUAUACUGAUUAUGUUUCUACCAGGUGGUAUCGCGCGCCUGAGGUUUUGCUGAGAUCUUCUGUUUAUAGUUCCCCUAUUGAUAUAUGGGCCGUUGGCAGCAUAAUGGCUGAACUGUAUACACUAAGACCUCUCUUUCCGGGAACAAGUGAAGUUGAUGAGAUCUUCAAAAUUUGCCAAGUGUUAGGAACCCCAAAGAAGGGUGAUUGGCCAGAAGGGUUCCAGCUUGCAGCCGCAAUGAACUUCCGCUUCCCCCAGUGUGUCUCCAUAAACUUAAAGACACUCAUUCCGAAUGCUAGCAAUGAAGCUGUCCACCUUAUGAACGAAAUGCUGAACUGGGAUCCAAAGAGGCGGCCCACAGCGAGCCGAGCACUGAAAUUUUCCUACUUCCAAGUUGGUCAAGUUUUAGGCCCACCUCCGCAAUGUCUGGACCAGAAGCAGCCUCCUUUCAAGUCAGUCCCGCCGACGGAGCCAAAGCCCUCUCUGCCCAGUCUAGAACCGAUGUCAAAAUUAGAACCUGUGUCCAAGCCAGAAUCUCAGUCUUCCCCAGACGCACCUGACCGGUUCCAGCUUCAGUCUCUGCCCAAGAGUAAUCAGCAGCCCCUCCAGCCAAUUCAGCUCCCGCAGAACUCAACCAAUCAGCAGCUGUCAAAGCCGCAAGAACUCUUCUUUCCAGCCAUCAAUAAAAACUCUCCAAAGCAAACAGCCACAGGACCUUCUAGUGGGGCCAUGGGCCUGAAAAAUUGUCGGCGGCGAUGGGGUCAAACUGUAUUAAAGACCACAGAUAGCUGGGAUGAUUUUGAGGAUGCAGAAUUUGGACAUUCAUAUUCUAAGAAACCCAGCAUUACAACGAUACAUGAAAAGAAAUCCAAGGAAUCUCUCUUUAGUGUUCCUAAGUCCCCUUUGUCAUGCCAGCCAGGAGGAGAAAACAGAGUUCUGAAGAGAAUCGACUCUGGGAUAUCCACUACAUCAGCGAAGCAAUACUACCUUAAGCAAUCAAGAUACAUACCUGGUGUAAACCCUAAGAAUGUCUCCUCAGGAGCAGCCAAUAAAGAAGGAUGCCACGGAGCCUGGAACAAUUCUGUGUUUUCAAAACCGCUGGCGCCUAUUGGAGGUUUGUCCUUCAGCCGGGUCAACGCAGAAGAAAACUUAAUUAAACCAAUUGAAAAGCUGUCAUGCAAAGAAAGCGUGAAUGAAAAAUUAGAGGACUCAAAAGGAAACCCCGGCUUUGUAGGGGCCGCUUACAAUGCCCACGGAGGCUACAUCCCUUCCUUUCACAAAAGUGAAGCUGGUUCAGGUGGUCAGAGGAUACAGCUAGCGCCUCUUGGGCCAUCGGCCACAGCUGGCCGUGCUCCGUUGCCGGGACCUACUUACAACCCAGCCACAAAAGGCAUUAACAUCUUGACUCGCCCAACACCGAUACAGCCAGUUCAUGGAAGGACGGACUGGGUGGCCAAGUACGGAGGUCAUCGGUAGAGGCGCUUUCUCGAACACCAGGCGUGUCUGCUGUUGACUGUUCCAUUCUGUCCAUCUUUUUUAUUCUGCGAUACUUUAAAACACGUUUCUACAAAUAGAGUGUCGAUUCCUGAUGAAAUAAUUGAGAUCAUGUAUUUUAUUAUCUGGGGGUGGGGGGCAGCAUUAAUAAAUAUUUUAUUCUGAAAGCGUUCUUCAGAAUAAGUUACUCUACAGCAGGAUUUGUUUUUUUACAAAGUAUUCCAUAAAGUAUCUUGCCAAAGGUAUGAGGAUUUGAAUUCCUGCUAGAUGGAUUCCUUCUUUUUCCUUACAAUAAUAAUUUUAAAUGGCAUAAACGUGUCAACUAGUGUUAUCAACCACUGGAUAACUCUAGGCAUCUCACUCGAUGGAGACGGGCAAAAGGUGAUUUUCUUUUUCCAAGCUGAGGUUGUUUUGGGAACUUUUGGGUAAAUCAGAUUGAACAGUGUGAACAAAACGUAUUGGGCAGAAGAGAAUUUUAUGCGUCAUCAGACUGCAGCCUGAAUUGAAAUGAGUGGCUUUUGUUUGGGGCUGGGCUGUGCCCUUCCUGCCUUGGAUCUCACAGAAUGAGUCCAGAGGUAAACAAUGAAAGUGGUAAAGUAAUAAUUUUAGAAAGGUGAUAUAACCCUGAGUACCAAUUCCUUGUUGUAUUUGCAAGCAUAAAACUACUUUUGAUAAUGUAGACUUAGCUGCACAUAGCACGUCUUCUGACUGUACAAUGCCUGAGUGGGUCGGGAAGAGAUUUAUGUAACCAUUUUUUGACUUUGAUCCACAGACCUGCACGUACAGCAGUGGACUCCGCAUGUGCAUCUUGAGCAAACAGCCAGGGCUUUUAGCUUGGCCUGGCACUUAAAUGAGAGGCACUUGGAAUUGAAUUUCCUUGAGCAAGUGACUCAGGAGCAGAAGGCCAGACGUCCUCAUGCUUGCAAGGAGCUCUUGAUUUGGUGGGAAAGUUUUAUGGAGAUUGCUUGCAAGUGUGAUUCCAUAGCUAGAAAAUUAGCAUCUGAACGGUUGUGGGGGAAACAGUGCUUUCCUACGCAGAGGGCCAGUUAAUACGAUUGCCAAGAUAGGAAACGGAACAUAGUAAAUGUAAUUACAGAUUCAGCGCUAAUUUCUGUAUGCAAUGAGAUUCAGCUGCCUUCUCCCACACUGGCUUCCCACACACCUGCCCUUCCAACUUUCCUCCUUUUCACGGGAGAGAGUUCUUGUGUAGCAUCACAAUAAUUUAUAAAAAGUCUGAGCCACUAGCUUUGUUCUGGUUUGUUGCUCUUGUAGUGCCUUCCUUGGUAACCAAAGCUGAACAGCUAUAGAAUUCCCUGCUAGUUCCCAAAGGAAUUGCUUAUACCUGGUGACAUCUGCCAGAAUGUUUAUCCUUAAGUCUCUGUUCUGGCUGCUUGGGACAGAAACUGCACCUUCCUUCUAUAUGCCAUACAUUACAAAGUGGCUCAAAGACCUACGUGCUUUUCCGGGACAUAACUCAAAUGCUACAGAACCUUACAGUCACUCUGAGCUUUAUUCUUCUUCAGCUACUAAAUCUUGUAAUAUUUGUAAUAUUAAAGGUGACAAUCUAAACUUGUAAAAGUAGCAUGUAUUGUACGUUAUUUUAAACAUGUAAAAUCUUAAAAGACUUGUUCCAAGGUUGACUAUUUUGUAUGUCUUUUACUAAUUUUUUUUAAAAGAUAUAUAUUUGUUGUAGAGUAUUUAUUGGUUAGUUGACACUUGAAUCUGAGCUCAGUGGGAAACUCUUGUCUUGAUUCCCCCCCCCUCCCCCGUAGCGUUUACUUGCGUGUUAAAUAUACUUAAAGUUGAAAUCUUGUUAACUAGAACCACGAGGGGCAAUAAACAAUAUUUUAUCCCUAUGCAAAGUUACAGGAAUAUCAGACCAAUGCUGUACUAAGGUUGAUUUUUGCCCCCCUUAUUUUAAAAGUUUCAUUGUUGUUUCUUUCAGUCUCUAAGUACACACAUCUGUGUACAGUACAGUAUGUUACUGAAAUGUUGUCUUGUAGAUAUCUGUUGAGUUAGAUUUCUUACGCUAGUAAAAACAAGUAUAACUUACCUUCCCACUUGGGCUGGUUUUCACCUGAAAUUUAUUUAUUUUAUAAUAAAGUAAUCUUCUCAGGA